UUUGUUGUUCUGCUUCUGUUCUGUAGCUCAGGAGCAGAGGUUGUUACAGUAGAUGUUCAUGCAGCUCGUCAACUCAUCCUAUCUGGACACCGUUAUCUUGAUGUUAGGACAGAAGAUGAAUUCAAGAAAGGGCAUGUAGAGAACUCUUUGAAUAUUCCCUAUAUGUUAAAUGCUCCCAAAGGUCUCUCUUGCUCUAUGCUGGAAUUUUUGCCAUAG